AUGUCAGAUUGGAUAUCUACAUUUCCAGGUUAUACACAAAUAUUAACAACUGGUAAAAAACUAUUUGGAAAAAUAAUACAAGCAGGUCCAGUUCCUCAACAUGUUGGAAUAAUAAUGGAUGGGAAUCGAAGAUUUGCCAAAUCACAUAAAAUAGAAAUUAAAGAAGGUCAUAAUAUGGGAUUUGAUACAAUGGCUAAUAUUUUAGAAUUAUUAUAUGAAUCUGGAGUUAAAUCUGCUACUGUUUAUGCUUUUUCAAUUGAAAAUUUUAAUAGAUCAAGUUAUGAAGUUAAAUGGUUAAUGGAUUUAGCAAAAUCUAAAUUUACUCAAAUUAACCAAAACGGUUUAUUAUGUGAAGAUUAUGGAGUUAAAAUUAAAAUAUUGGGGAAUUUAAAAUUAUUAUCACCAGAUGUUUUAAAAAUAUUAAAAGAAACCGAAGAAAUUACAAAAAAUAAUACAAGAGCUGUAUUAAAUGUUUGUUUUCCAUAUACAUCAAGAGAUGAAAUAACAAAUUCAAUAAAAAAAAUAGUAGUUAAAAGUAUAAAUGAUGAACCAUUUCAAAUUAAUGAAGAAUCAAUUGAAGAGAAUUUAUAUACUGGUGAUUCACCACCAUUAGAUUUAUUAGUACGAACGUCGGGAACAUAUAGAUUAUCUGAUUUUUUACUAUGGCAAGCUGUAUCUCCUGAUUGUUCAGUUGUAUUUACCGAAAAAUUAUGGCCAGAAUUUAAACCUUGGGAUAUGCUCAAAAUUUUAUUAAAUUGGUCAUUUAACAAAUAUUACUAUGGAAAUCCUAGUGGGAAUGAUGAAAUAAAACAUGUAAGUCGAUUAAUGGAAUUGCAAAGUCUGCUGACCAUAAGUAUAAGCGAUUCUGAUGAUGAUGAUACAUUGAAGUCAGAAGAUGAUCUAGAGAUCAUUAAACAUUAA